AUGUAUGGCAUGAGAAAGAUUGUGCGCUUCUCAGGAUACCGCCACGUCCUGGUUGAUAAUCUAGGCUGCGGUGUUGAGGCCCGAAAGAAGCUUGAUGAACAGAUCAAAUCCGGGGAGCGUUCGUUUUGUGAAGUCUCAGAGGAUAUGUGGGGAUCACUCAGGAUCUCUUUGGAUGAUGGAUUCGAAGUCCUGAAGCAGCUCGAUAUGGACUCUGGAUUUCAGGAAUUUCAUCAGUUCUCCUGUCUUACGCAGAGUUCUAGACACAUUUUUGGGUCCGGAGGAGUCGUCAAAUUUGAAAUUGUCGCGAAUUGUGUGGCAAUUAGCCCUGGAGGACCAAACUGGAAGCCAAUUUGGCGACACGAAUCAGACCUAGGACAUGACAAGGCCCUCUCCGUAAACGAGCGCCGUGCCCAAGAGGUUGAAGACUGCCCAGAAGGAGAGAUUCCUCUUAUUAUUUUCAUUGGCGACGGCGUUUCCGACCUCCCAGCUGCGCGGGAGGCAGAUGUUCUUUUCGCUCGCAAAGGACUGCUCCUGGAAGAAUAUUGCAUCGGCAACAAGAUUCCAUAUGUUUGA